AUGACACACCUGCUGCCGCCGUCUCUAAUCCGGCUGUUUGCGCCACGGCCGCCACUCGAGUACGUUGCUCCGAUACGUCGUUACGAUCCGGACCCGAAUGCUGUACCGCUGUCGAAAGAUGGCACGCAGAUCUCGCGGCGCAAAACGAUUCGCACCCCGCUCACUGGCGUCGCCUCGUAUCUCGAGCGUGUCAAACAAGAGACGGCGGACCGCGGCGAGUCGACCGACGACAUUGCACUCUCCUCUUCAUCCUCUGCACUGACGCUCUCACGCGCCACACUGCGCGAAAUCGAACUCGAAUCGCGUGCCGCAUCGAAAGCAGCGACGAAGCAACGUGGGCUGGAAACGUAUAAGCCGUCCAACAACCCGGACGCUACACCGGAUGCAUACAAGACGCUCUUCCUGGCACGCCUCGACUACUCGGUCACCGAAUCCGACCUGCAUCGCGAAUUCGACAUGUACGGUCCGAUCGAACAGAUCAAGCUGAUUCGCGACAAGAACGGAAAAAGUCGAGGCUACGCAUUCAUAGCGUACGAGCGCGAACGCGACAUGAAGGCGGCGUACAAAGAUGCCGAGGGUAUCAAGAUCAACGGUCGAAGAGUCAUGGUAGAUGUCGAGAGGGGUCGAACGGUGAAAGACUGGAAACCGACUCGAUUGGGCGGUGGACUAGGCGGCUCGACUAGAAAACCAAAGAAGGCUCCAGAACCAUCAGAGCCUCCACCGACAUCCAGCGCCUUCGCUCCCCCAACUCCCUUCAGAGCCAGAGGCUCUGCCGGCUUCAGACCUGGCCCAACAAGAGGCUUCCCUCCUUCAAGACCCGCCUUCAGAGCCUUCAACUCCAACCCUCGCUCCUCAGCCAGUUACGACAACGCCUACCCAAGUCGUCCUCCAUCCACCUCGCCAUACCCCGCCAACGGCCCCACCCCCGCCGCCUAUCGAGAUUAUCCCCCCUCCAAUGGCUACCACCAACAACCACGCUCUUAUGACGACCCCAACUCUGGCCCCCCUUCUAAACGUAGUCGCUACUAA